UGUAUAGACUAUUGAAUUGGCUGCCUUUAAUCUUCAUUCUUUAAAUGGUUUAACGUACAGUUGUGUAACAUAGAGAGAAAAAUCAAUCGUCAUUUAAAAUGCACAAAAUAUUGACAAAGUAAUGGUUUCCAGUGGAAAUGUAUGACAGAACUACCCUUUUACUUGCUUUUUGUGGAUUUAUUGUGCUUGGGUCUGGAGUAUCAGCAGUAGAUGUCGGUGGCGAUGAGUAUGCUAUAGCCGACAACACGAUAUCAGUUGUUGUGAUUAGUAUUCUGUCUGUUUUAAUUUUGAUAUCGUUGGUGCUGUUGUGUGCAGGGGAAUCCAAUGUGCACCACAAUGAUGCAGGAAAUACUCAACGAAAAUCCAUUACAUCCCCGGAAAAAAAGAAAAAAAAUGCAUUUCAAGAAAUUGAGCUUUCAAAACAGAGUAGCAAUAACAACGCACAUAUAACCAGUGCACACAGUGAUAUAAACAAUAAGUCGAGUAAUCUUCAACCAAAAAGAAAUGACUGGCCUGAACUCGACGACAGAAAAGGGUCAUUAGAACAUCAAUCCACCGGCACAACAGAUGUAAAAAAGAACACAUCAAUAUCGGUUGUGGAGGAUAACACAAAUAAAGCAUCUACGAGUUAUCAAAAUGAAAAUGUAAACAGCGAACUACGAUUUUCUGGUGGAAGGUUUCAGAAUGUACAACCGAAUACCCAAGCAAGAACACAUUCAACCAGUGAGACACCAGAUAGUUACAUGGGAAGUAUGAACUCGCACAACAGUAGUUCGCAAAGGGAAAGAAUUAACACCAUUAACAGACAAAAUCGUGAAGACACUGCUGAUGAUAUUGGUUAUCAUAGUGAUUUUUCUAGAAGUAUUAAACCCGACACAGAAUCAAAUCCGUUAAGUACAUUUAGGUCAUCUCAGCCGCAAUCAAACCCUAGGUCUGCGACAACAGGCUAUGGCGUAGAUGAUGAUGAUGUAAUUGAGACGUAUCAAGAUGACGGGGAGAGUAUAGAUUGGAACUAAUUAGAUUUAUAACUACGUUUUUCUGUUAAGUCACUUGAUGUAUCGCAGCAGGUCUGUGUUUCUGUCUCUCUUAGGUUUCAAUAAAGCACUUUUUUAUAUUUUAACAAA